AUGCACGUGAGGAAGACGUGGAAGAACGCCGUGGUCAUGGUGCUGGCCGUGGCCGCCGUCACCACGGCCACCGCGGCGUUCUACUUCAAUUACACGGCCACCGAAGCCAGCACGUGUUGCGGCUUAAUUGCCGCCGCCCAGCAGCAACAGCAGCAGCAGCAGCAGCUGCCCACGGGUUCGCCCGAGUUGACCGUCUCCGCCGCGGCCGCCGUCUCGGCCGACGCCCAACCCAACCGAUCCCUGUUCGGCUCGUCGGUUCUGCACGCGUCCAAAGUGUACGCCGUCUGUAGAACGUACGGCUACUACGGCGGUGGUAUCAUAGAUCGGGUAAGUUUACAGUAUAAAAAAUUAAAUACUAUAACAGUUGCACCAUCAUUUUAAAUCUCCUGGAAAUUCUUAAAAAAAAAAAAAAAAAUCAAAGCUCAAAAUCUCGAAAAAGCGGCUUAAAAUUAAAAAAAAAAAAAAAUCAAACUAUCAAAUAAGAUAAAACCUGAACAAUCGAAAAUGUAAAAAAAAAACCAAAACAAAAGUUUCAGAACCGAAUUUUGAUUUUGAAUUAUUUGAACUCUUAAAAACAAAAAAAAAAAACAAACGUAGGCCCACCUCUUCAAAAAUUGCCCAUCGUAUAUUUUUCUUUCGUUAAAUUUCUUUGUUUUUUCAAAAUCAAACAAAAGAGGCAGUGGAACUUGCCGUCUCUUGUCUUUUAAACGGGCAAUACAACAAAAACGUGUCCGCUUAAAAUCGAUUUUAGAGAUAAAAUCCCGAUCAUUAAAUGUACAGACGACUAUACAUUUUGAAAAAAAAAAACCACUUUUUUUUUUUUGAAAUUACUACUCAUUAUUUUAAAAGGUACAACUCUUCGAAAAGAAAAACGUGCGAAAUACGAUUUUAUUGUACCUCGACGACGAGGCGAUCCUCGAAAUGUCGUCAUCUGCACAUUUUAUAAUACUAUACAGGUGUUUUUAGUCAAAAUCGAUUUUAAAGACCUUUGGGUUCGUUUCACGGCUAUAAGUCGCUACGGGUUUUACAAUGACGUUCGGCGGCCUGUCCGAAAAGCACCGUUUCCGAUAUGAUAUUCGACAGUCGGAAACGUGCGAUUUCCGACCGGGGUGCCGAAAUCCGGAAUGGAAAAAAAAAAAAAAAUCAACAAAACGGAACAUCGAGCGAUAAUUAUCUAUUUUAUCAGGGUGGCGAACACACGUUAAAAGUCGAAUUUGAGUACAGCUCAAUCGGACUUCCGAACCUCAAGUACUUCCGCACACCCGUCCAUAGCUUCACCGGGUACGGGGGGGUACCCAAUGGCGGGAUUGGGAGGUGGCCCCAAUAUCUUGUCCGAUUACUUUUACGUUAAUAUCGGAAAAUACGUUUCGUUAAUUUCAAAACGCGUUCACCGCGGACGAUUAAAUUUCGUCAUUAGGGAAUAAAUCAUCACACGACUGGCGCACCUCCCGGAUUAGUCGCCGUCAUAGCCCACUCGGGCUUUUGUCGCCGCGGGAUAUAAUUUACCCUUUUCCGCGGUCCCUGUUCGUUUUGCACUCAUUUUAAUUUCGCGCACGCAUAACGCAAUUAAAGAACAUUUACACCGCGAAAUGUGUACGUCAUUUGUAUACGAAAUUCCGAAAAACAAUUUAAAAUGCAAUUACGAGGCGUCCUUUAAAAAGCCAUCAAGGCGUGUAAAAUAGGUUUAGGUACGUUUCACCGCGCGCACGUCUUUAGGUCCGUCGAUUAUAAUAUUAUGUACCCGCUCGCUACCUAUUUGAUAAUAAUACCUGUUAUGUUUUCAAAUUGACGCCGAGGUCGUUUAAACAUAAUUAUUAGUUAUCAAUUAUUAUCGUAUACAGUUGAUUGGCCGAACCGAACGCUCUGAGGGGAUAACCGGAUAUUUAUAUUGCCGCAGACACAAUACGGUGUUUCCGCCGGUCGAAAUCGCGAAAAAAAUUAAAAAAAAAAUAAAUCACCGCAAACGACAAACGAGUCUGAGCGGAUUUUCCGAGAAAUUUCAAUAGAAAAUUGCAGUAAACAAUCAGUUCGUAAUUGGGACGCUGAUGUCGCUGAAGGCGUGUAAUUCACUUAAAAAAAAAUAUUACGCUUUUCCUUUGAAAUUUCGAUUACACUGUCUACAUAGAUUAUGAUGGUAAUUGACUUUACUAUCGACAUUGAAAUUUUUUUCUGUUUUUUUUGAUGUUUAAAAAGAUAUAAACAAAAUUAAUUCAGUAAACCCCAAAUUGCUCCGUACGUAAAAAAAAAAAAAAAAACGGGUACAAAAAUACAUUCGAAUUCUUUAAAUUUUUAAUUGAUUUUUCAACCAUAACAAAUUAUUUCCAACAAAAAUUGGUGAAUAUACUUAAAAUAUGUAUGUUAAGUAUUUGAAGUUAAUUUAUCUUAAAAGAAAUAAUUACAUAAAUUUGAACCUUUUUAAAUACAGCAAAACUCGAACUUAAAAAUAAUUUUAGGAACGAAAUUCACUACUAAAAGUAUAGUCCAAGUACUCCCGUAAUCUCCUUCUUUAAUCCCAAGCAGAGAGACAAUGAGCGGAGCCCGGUUUUUAUACAAUAAACACUGAACCCAUACAUCGACCAUUUGUUGCGUGUAACUCAUCACAAUACAGCAGGAAUUCUCAUCCUCUUCGUCUGUUUUAGUUUAUAUUACAAAGAUUUUUUUUUUUACAACGAUUUUCAUCUAACGAUACAGAACGUUUUACUUGUCUGGACGUUACACUCAAACUAAUAUGUUAGCGGUUGGUAGCUAAUUUCUGUACGGUGAUUUUGUGACAAUUGCUGUUUUUCCUCUUCUAGAUGCGCGCGCAAUGGUUUUUCUUGCGUUUUGGAAUAGGUAGAAUUUCUUCGAAAAAUAUUUAUCUCGUAAAAUAGUACAGUCGAAAAACUCGACAAUUUAAAGAAACUACACAUUAUACGAGUAUAAACUAUGUAACUAAAAAAAAAAAAAAAAUCGAAAAUAACAGAAUGCGUUAUUGCGUGUAAAUAUUCCCGGUUUUUUCUAAUUUAUCAUACAAAUUACUUGGAAAAUAAAAAACAAAACAUCUGUAAUGCAUACAAUUUGUCGAAAUUUGUAACUGAAAACAGCAAUAUACUCGUCCCUGAUGUCGAUAUAACUAAAAAAAAUUCACAGAAUUUAUUUACGAACAGAACUGUUUCAAAUAGAAAAAAAAAAGACGGACAUACUUCUCACGAUUGGUGGGCCACUGUUGUAGAUAAGAAGUUAGAAAGACAUUGGAUAUAGAUGGGAAUUUAAUGUAUUUUUUGUAUGCAAUUAUUAUAAUCAUUGCUAACGAAAAACGAUUCGGAGCGAAAUCCGGUUAUACAUAUUUUUUGAAAGGCCGUAAUAUUUACGAUUUUCGUCAAAAUUUGAUUUUAAAACUUGUUAAAAAAAAAAUAAAUAAAUAAAAAUAUACUACAUUACACCCAAUUUUUUGUUGGCCCCUGAUUACGACUUAUAAUGAACCUCUUGUCAAAUUGCCAUGCAUUUCUGUUUAGCCUAACAAUUUUAUCCAUAGGGUACCUACCAAAUAAAAAUUACGUGAAAAAAACCCGAAAAGUUAAAAUGUAACUUUCCUGUACUUUGUACGUAUUUUUCGGAUUUGUUCGUUUAUUUAAAAAAAAAACUACAAAUAAAAUCAAAAAACGAUUUUCUUGGUCACCAACUAAAGUAUGAAAAUUCAAAGAAUAUCGCUUGUCGUUUUUCCAUUCGUAUAGCAAUAUUUCUGGUAGAAACCGGAAAACGUAAAAAUUAAAAACAACGAAAUCGUAUAAUUAAAUCAAUAAUGACAAAAACUGCUAGGAAAAUCAAAAAAACGAACUACUUACCCACGAGCUAGAUUAAAAACGCGACAGAUCAGCGAUAUUUAUUUUCCAAAAGUUAUGCACGGACCAAAAAAAAAUUAAAAAGUACAUUGUCAUAGUAAAACCAAUAAAUCCCUCGCCUCGUUCCGUAUCUCACAAUCACGCAUCUUGUACCGCAGUAAAACCGAUAGAGCCUAGUCCAACCUACCGAUCUACGGUAUAGAAAACGAUUGUAAUACUGUAGUACAGAAUGUUGGACGGUAAAGUGGAAAAAAAAAAAAAAAGCAGCACGAUAUAAAAUGGUACGGGACAGGUGGGCGGGUUUUUUUCUCUCUAUAAAAUCGUGUGUGUAAUAAUAUAAUGUUCGGGCUUACUAAAAUAUGCACAAAGAUCUCCGAUGAGAUUUUGACCGUCGCAAAUAAUAAUAUUCCGUAACGCGUUUUUCGCAAACCUUUCUAAAAAAUCGGCAUUCCUAAAUGUUCGUUUUGUCUUGUUUUGUUUUUUUUUUUUUUUUCUGUAACACUCGCUCUAUUCUAUACAUACAUUAUAUCAUACCUCGUUCCCCUCUCAUCGCGCGCGGCGACUCGGAGAAAUGUCUAGUCGUAGACUAACAAUAAAAGACCGAUAAACAAAUAAAAAAAAAAGCUAAAAAAACAAGAAGCGCCGCUGCGAACACACGACCGGUGGACUCCAAUCGUAUACAAUAACAUUAGAAUGAGUAUUCGCGAUGGACCGCAGUUAGUUUAAUGCGAUUUUUAAAAACGAUCGGAUCGGUUUCCAAACAUAUCUGAUGCGUGUUCUUCUAUAUAUCACUCGUCGCCGAUUCUGUUUCGCAGUCCGUGGUCAUUACAGUACGAGCACCGUUCACGAAUAAACAUUUUCGAAACUCAUUUUGCUUUUUUUUUGUAUUAUUUUUACGCUAACGAUUAUUUCGACUUCGGUCCGCGGCGGCGGUGGCGGCGGUCAUACGAUUCGUUUGUUCUAUAAAUAAAUCGGCAAUGUAAAAUCGACCAUAAAAAAGGACGCGUAUAAUUCGCACGUGGGUGCAGCCACUGUUCUAGGUGGGAAGUUGGGAAGAUAGGAUACAGACGGGACAUUAAUGUAUACGCGUAAGCAACGAUAAACCAUUGCAAACGAAAAAACGAUUCUGAGCGGAGUUCAGUUGAUAGUGUUGCUUUGUCGACAAUACAAUAUACAUGGUAUAUAUCAUAUUGUGGUGAAAUGAUUGCAACAAUGUGUGUUUCCGUGAUAACAAUGUUGUUUAAAAAAGAUUUAUUAUAAAAUCAUAAAAACUUAAAAAUAACAAAACAUAAAUAGAAACGGUUGCAACGACAACCUUAUUUUUAUUAUUUCAAUAUUUUUUAACCUAAAGAACCAGAUUUCCCUCAUUAUCUCGAAUAUUAAUGAGGAUUUCAAAAAAUGACCUCUUUUAAGUCUAAAGUACCACCCAGAGAACAUUUCUUUUCAGAAAAGACAAUAUACUUGAUAAUCGGAGUAAGCUUUUUAGUAAAAGAAUUGUUCACAUAAAAAAAAAUAUAAAUCUUUAUAAAACCAAUACAUUACACUCAGAAUCUAAACUGUCACGAGGAGGAUAUUUCCUCCGCGUCCCCUAUCCCGUUUGAACCCCCUGCUUUGAGCCGUAAUUUAUAAUAAUAUUGUCAGUAUUAUCAUAUUAGUACUCAUAAGCGCAACUGGAGCCUUAAUAUUGGGGGUGCUAAAAUUAUGUAACGAAAAUUAACAUGUGGGGGAUAUGCAACCACAAUUCCAAAUACUAUUUCUCAAUCAUUUGUGAAUCACAAUAACCACUCUAAAAUGAAACAUAUCCAUACAUAGUUAAAACAUUUAAAUAUGUAAUAUUUUAUAAAAUAGUAAACGCAAUAGAUGAACACGGACACUGUCUUGACUGAGUAAUGAGUACCUCGACAGUCGACAGUCACAAAAUGUGACUAUGAAUGUUUACAAAUUAAACUGAUAUGAUAAGUGAUAAGAUACUAUUACUUUACUGUGUAGUAUACAGUGUACAUAAUAUUUAACCCUCUAUAGGGCAUGGAAUAUUAUCACAUGGCAUAUUAUAACAUCGUUCCUUAUCAAUACUACUACUGCUCAGUGAGCAGUGUCAAUUUUGUGUAUUUUACAUAACACAGUAUACUUAUAUUUGACAUAUUUUUAUUUAUUUUUUUACUAGUUUUUAGUGUAUAUACGAAAUCUGUAUGUAGAUAAAUUUGGUCAGAUUCAAAAGUCGAUAAAUGGGUUACGCGGUGAGAAAGAAAAAAAAAAUGUUCAACCAGUUCUCGUCUAGACGCCAUAUAAUAAGUGGGAUUUGGAUGAUAAAAAAAAUAUGCGAUACACACGUGAUGUGCAGUUUCUUUCAGUCGCGUAAACGACGACGAGGUUUUUUAUCGUUUUAUCGAAAUCAACGGCAAGUUUUUUUUUUGGGGGGGGGGACAUAUGUAAACUGUGCCCACAUUUUUAUCUAUGUUAAAAAAGUAUAAUGUAAACUACGCCCCAUUUGUUAUUACCAUGUUUUAUACAACUCAAGUUAAUUUUCUGUCCAAACUCAUUCGACACUAACAAAAAUAUUAAAGUAUUCAGCAUUUGUCUAUACAAAAGUGAUGCGUUCGGUAAAAUCAUAGUAUUUGUAAAAAUACCAACCCGUUAUCGAAUGUGACCAUUAAUAGUCAUAGUAAUCACUACAUAGACAUUGGUCUGCUAUUACCCAUGUCCUAUCGACAUGUUUAGUCUCUAUUGCAGAACAACACGAAACGAUUUUGAAAAUAAUUCAAAUUUUAAGUUUCACAAAACCAAUCGACCUCUUCGGGUUAGGUUAGGUAUUGGUAAUAGCAGAAUAACAGAACAAAAUGUAAACCACAACCGUGAAUUAUUAAGUAAUCCAAAUCUUCAAAAACAAUUGAACGGGUUAUUCGGAAAAGAAAACGAUUUGAACAACGAUAAACAAUUGUUUACGAAAAAACGAUUCUGAGCGGAGUUCAGUUAAUAGUGAUGUUUUGUCAACCAUAUAUAUGCCAUAUUAUAUUAAAAUAAUUAAAUAGGCUUUAUAUAUUUUCUUUAAUAAUACUGGUAUAAUAUUGUAUCGAUUUUCCCGGUUUUUCAUAUUUGUUGGGAAAACACCUGAGAAAAUCGAAAAAUGACCCCUUUAAAGUACCUCCCAUCUGCUGGUAGAAAAUAAACAUCUAUUAGUAAAACCGAUAUAUCCUUCGCUAUACAUUCAGCAUCUAAAACUAUAGCUCAGAGUGGUCUUUUGCAAUAUAAAUCAUAAAACAUAAUAACAUGUACCAUGUUUGCAGGCUUUUGGCUCAAAACUAGCCCGACACCAGCUCAUACCCGGCCCUAUAGCGGCCCGUUGAUGACAAUGGGGUUAUAUUUUUCUUCUGUAUCUCCCCAAAUGACGUCACUUAUUAAAUUGUUUACGCCCAGCCUUGUAAUUAGAAAUAUUCAGAUAUUAAACUUCAAUUGUAACUAUACGAUAUUUAAUAUUUGUUUUCAAUUUAUCGUUCACUUUAUAUGUUUGAUUUUAUUAUAUUUGUGUAAACACGAUGGAUAGUAAAAUCAUAACCGACAUAGGUAUGUACAUAAAUAGCUGUUUAUUGCGCGAUGUAUUGGCACCCUUGUUGCAUGGGACACUCGAGAGGUAUAACACAUCUAAUAAGUGAUUUGUUUUAAUCAAAAAAAAAAAAAAUCAAAUUUAAAAAUCAAAUAUUAUAAUCACGUUUUUGAAACUACUCGUGGCUCCGCGGAAUGGGACCGCCCGGUUUCGGUAAAUAAUACGUAGGUACAUAGAAUGUAUAGAUUGAUUUUUUUUUUCGGUCAAUAACUCUAUUAUCUAUUUUGAAUUUACGUUACAAUUCUAAUCGAAAACAAUGUUUAUAAUGCAGUUGACAGUUUUGUACUCAAGUUUUAUCUCGAUUGUUCAGUGGCGUAUUUAGAAGUUACCCAAGAAGAAAGAUAUUGAACUUAGAAAUUGCGUCACGUUGUAUAACUUAGGUUAAAAUUAUUAUAAUUUUUUAGUUAUACAUUUUUGUAAGUAAUAUUUAUAAUACAUUCUGUCGUGAAAUAAUCAUAGAAAUCAGAUGACUAUAGGUGUUAUAGUAUAUACUAGGUGGUAUGGAAUAGUAAACAUUUGUUUACAUCUUCUAUAUAAAGUAUGUAACUAGUCUAACCAUUAAUAACCUUCUUAUUAAUUUUAAUUCGGUUAGAAUAGGUUUCGUUUUAAACAAGACGAAUUUUAAAUUGAUGUUUUUUUUUUAUGUAUUCACAAUAACAGCUACCAAAGGAUUUUUGAUUUUAUGAGUAAAAAGUAAAGACAUUUUGAUUUUGGAAAUAGGUUUGGUUAUAUAAAUAAUAGAUAUUGAAAAAAAGUCAAAGGAAAUAAUAUAUCUUCCUAAUUUAUGCUCUUGAAUAUGUUACCAAGAGUAUUUUCCCAAGAGAACUUAUCCGUUCUACUGGAUUACUAUUACAGAGAACCGAAAUCCUCGUAAAUUCGUAUAUGAAAUCCGAAAUACUGAUAUUCGCAUUUUUAAAUGUAUACAAAAUAUAUAUAUAUAUAUUAUUCUACCUGCAAUAUCUAUACUAGCCCGUUUGCUCCGUGAACAUAAAAAACUAAGAAAAAAAUCAUCUAAAAUCUCCCAAAAAAUAGGUGAUACCAGAAAUAUUGUAAACAAAAAAAAAAAAAAAUACUGGUAGAUACUACUGAUUGAUGAACUACUGUUUUAGGAGGGAAGUUGGAUGGGUGAAUGUGUAGAGUAAUUUAGUUUAUAAUAUUUGUACGUAACAACAAAUCGAUUGCUAACGAAAAAUGAUUCUAAGUAAAGAAUUAUCAGUCGUAUAUUCCUUUUGUUGCCAGAGUAACCCAAAAACCAAAAAAAUUGUAUAUUAUACUUCCCAUUUUCUCAAUUUAUUAAGAAAACUACAAGGGAAUCAAACUAAUUGCCUACGCGAGGUACCGCCGAUUGAAUACAAAAUACUAAUAUUCCUAUACAGCAUAUACAACUGUAUUAUAAUACGAUUUAUGGGAGAAAAGUUGUUUCUAAAAAAAAAUCCACAUCAUAAUCAAACCAACACAUUCCCCGCUUUGUUCAGAAUGUAAACCACAUAAGUGCUAUAAGUGUAAAAAAAGACGAAAUUCUGAGUAGGUUUUGAUUGAUAAUGGUCCUAUGUAUUGUGUUCGAACAAUGAUCGUUUCCCGGCCAAAAUAAAUGUCCAAACGUUUUUCAAAAAUCCUUUACGGAGAAUAUAAUAGGUUUGAAACUCUUCCGUGAGGAAAAAUCGUCACGACGUCAUCGACUACCGGUGAUGCGAAAAAUGUACGGCCGGUAUAUUCCCGUGGCCGGAUUUUUCUUAUUUUAAAAUUGUAUACCCGUAUAAAGAAAAGUACUGCAGGAAAUCCAAUGGCAUUGGAAUUUGUCAUCAAUUCCGAAAUAACAUCGUUCUGCCGCGAUUUUCGCCGGGAGCGGGGAGAGGGGUAUGGUUGUGGGAAGGAUUUGUUUCUGUUUGCCACCAUGACGUAUUUCACUGGCGAAAUCCACUUUGGUUUUUCUUCGCGUAGUCUUUCUUUUUUUUAUUUUUUUCCACCGUCUCUAUAAUUCUCUCACAGUCGGUCCUCGUCGAUUUCUUAUCCGCACUGAUAUCUCGUAAGCCGCGAAAACAACCGCUAAAACUGUCUAUAUUAUAGAUUACAAUUGUCGGACAACAACGAUAUUGUUAAAUCUGAUAAAACCGCUUUCCGAUAUACCGGCUGUACGGCGAGAACGCUUCACAAGGUACCUAAUUUAUGUUAUUUUAUUAUACACCUCGCGCGAAACCUGUCGUCUCCACUGUAUAGUUUGCAUGCUUUUUUCCGUUCUUUAAUAAUACUUGUACGGUGUACGAAUAGAAAAAAAAAAAAAUCGAGAAUCCCCUGCAUUGAGACCACGAUAAUAAUUAUUGUCACGAAAUCGUUAACAAGGGGUACACGCGCCUAUAUAUAUCAUAUAUUUUUAUGGGUACCCGUCGCGGGACGACGAUCGCGACAAUGACGCGGGCAAGCCAACGUAAUCGUUAUUUUCGAUUGGGCUUUAUACCUCUGUCCGUUUCACGAAAAAUCCUGUUGGGAAAAAAUCGGAUUUCGCGCGUAAAACUAUCGCCCACGUCUGUGAAGAAAAGAAAUAUUAUCCCUCCAGCUCUUUAGGAAUCGGCCGGGAACAUUGCUAAAAACGAUUCAACGACGAAUGACCCGUGACUAAGAACAAAAACGCUAUUAAACACGACAGACAUUUUUUCCAGGGAAUAACAAAUAAAUGACAAUAAAUAACGAUUUUUUCUAGACUCUGAGUGGAGUGAGGAAUGUAUUGGUUUUAAAAUGGUGUUUAUUUUUUAUUUUUCAUGUGAACACUUUUUCUACCAGAAAGCACACUCCGAUUAUCAAGUAUAGCACCUUUUCUGAGAGAAAAUGUUCUCUGGUUGGUACUUCAAAGAGGUCAAUUUUUGAAAUUCCCAUUAUUAUUCGAGGAAAACCGGGUUUUUUAGGUUAAAAAAAAAUUUGAUUUGAUUUAAAGAAAGAGCUGAUACUGGGAAUGGGAGCGGCCAUUGUUGCAGGUGAGAAGUUGGGAAGGUAGGGUACAUAAAACUAUUUCAUAUCUGUAUUUAUCAGAUUUAUCAUAUCUGUAAGACAAAAAAGGUGUCUUGUAAUUUUUCGAUUAAAUCAUUUUUUCUGGUAUAAAACGUCGUCCGUGUUUUUAUAAAAUAAUGAAAUCGUGAAAUUUUCCUACGUUUUUUUCCCACUUAAGUGCUUUUAUUUAAAAAAUAGCGUUGAUAAUCAAAAAAUGACUGCUUUAAAGUACAAUAUAUACAACUAAAGUUUUCUGAAAAGUUGCUACACGUAAAAAUCGGAGCAAGUUUACUAGGAAAUAUCGUGCCCACAGACUAGAACAAAGAACAAUUCCCGUCUAUACUCUACCUUCCUAACUACCCACCUACAAAAGUGGUUGCACCCACGUGCUAAGUAUGUCCGUUCUUUUUUUGUUUUUAAUAAUAAACUGUUAACUUAAACAUAUUAUUGUGUAAAGGUAUCAUUCUUUGGUUUUUUUUCUGGGGUUCGUAAAGCCCCAGUAAGGGGUUAGUAAUUGUCCCUAUCGUCCCCUUGGCCGGUGAAUUUUCGGAUUUUCGACGAUCUAUUCCGGCAAUCGAUUUGGUAUCUAUAUAAUAGCGAGUGUUUUGUUUCGGUCCAAAAGAUUUACCACCGAAUUCUCGCGUUUCGUGCGUAACUAUAAAAUAUAUUAUUUAUACAGUUUGAUUAAUUUGAGCGAAUAUACGAACGGUUAUUGAUAACUGCCAAACGAUUGGUUUUAUACAUCAGCUCUCGAAAUAAAUAAAUUCAAACGAGUGCAUGGUGUUGAAAAAUUCUGAGAAUUUUCCGCGCUUAGAAUUGUUUAUUAUCUUCGGGUUUGAUGAAGCGAUGAACGAUGAGUACAUCGAUCAACAAGUGGACCCGUACUCGAAAAUAAUAAUACGCUCUUAUCUCGUCGUAAUAAACGUUUGUAUUCGAAUUUUGACUUAUAAUAACUAAUUAUAAUCAACUAAUAAUAUGUAUUUUUAUUUAGAAGAAAUUUUGUUUGUAUUUAGUAUAUAGGUGUUUCGUCGUAUACCGUACCAUGUGUUACGAGCAAAGUAGGCGAUCCGGGCAUUGCGCACAGUGCCCGAACAAUUUGGGCAAUUUGUUGAAUACUCCGAUUUCGCCUACAUUGACCUAGCGCUCUCAUACAAUACCCGGUCAAUGUGCACGUUUAUAACGAAUGACAUUUAUACGUGAUAAUCGCCUACAUCUACGUACCUAUUUUAUUCGUUUGAUAUCACGACUCACGAAAUUUAAUUUAGAAACCAAUAACUGAUUUUUAUUAUUAUUAUUAUUAAUUGUAUUCGAUAUUUUAAUGCCAUGUUAUAGUAAAUGAAAAAUUAUUUAAUACUAUGUACCCCCCCCCCAACAUUGCAUUUUAUCAAUAAUUAACUAACUCAAUGGAUAAUAGUUUUUAAAACUAUUAAUAGGCGACUAAUAUUUGAGGCGCCUGUUGCAAGUUUUUAUAUUUUUAAAUUAAGAUAUGUUUUAUUUUAUUUUUAAUAUUUUCAAUUUUUAAUCUACAACGUCCAAAUCUAGUGGGGCACUGUAUGAAAAUGCCCGGACAAUGUAAAUUUAUUCCAACUUUGCCAUCGAAAAUGUUCGGGCAAGGUUGUGCACAAUGCCCAACUCCUUACUUUGUCCGUAACAUAUACAAUGUUAUGGCAAAUACACGUGACCAAAACGAGUAUAGUGUCUAAUGAAAAGUAAAGUUUCACCGUGGACACUGGCUUCAUCAAUGAUAAAUAGCGCGUAUGUUCCGAAAACAAAUUUAUAGCAUUAAAUUGCUGCAAUUUGGCUCGUCCGUACUCGUUUCACAAUUCAUCAAGACGUGUUUUAGGACGGAGGAAAAAAAACAAUAUAUAAUAUUAACAGUUAAGUAAGAGAAAAAAAACAUAAGAUUAUUGAAUUUCAACAUUUAUCGAUAUGAAUUACGAGCGUAUAGUUUUCAGCAUAUUUACCUACAUCCAUUAGGUAAUAGAUAGGCAAAGGCAAUAAAGAUAAACGACAAAACCUUCUCGCGAUACGUAAUUAAAUUCACAAUACGCGGGGCGUUACGCAUUUUUUCGAUAAAUCUAAAGGAUAAAAUGUAAUUGGUCGUAAAAAAUCGACGACGCUGCCGAAAAUACUUUUAAAUGUCCAAACGGUUUUUAAGCCGUGAUUUUGUUUUAUUCUAGUCUGUUUUAAGAGGCGUUUGUUUUCGCUGUAUGUCUCGCGCGUAAUUCGGGUGCGUAUUUUAGAAAACCAACUUUUAAAAUGCCUAGUCUCAGAACGAAGAGUUUUAGAAUAUUGUUAUAGAUUUAAUAUUGUGUUGUUUUUUUUUCGUUAUCAAUAUGUAUUUGAUUAUAGGUAGUCACCAACUAAUGGCGUAAAAAUAAUACAAUGAAACACAGAAUAAUAUUACUAUAAAAGUUGAUAAUGAAAAUGAUGACUUUGAUGAAUUAUUUUUAUUUCUCUUAUUAAAAAAGGAUUCUUGACGUUUUUCUAUUGAAGCAAUAUUUUUUAUUAUAUGUAAUGAAAUAGUCGUGUCGUAUUUUGAAAAAAUAGUAUUUUCCGUGUUUUUUGAUUUUUCCAAUUAAUACUAAAACCAUUUUAGAUAUCAAAAAAUGACUUUAUCUGUCCGUGGCUAAACAUUAAAACAAUAAAAUCGGUCACUUGUCAUUUUUCAAUUGGAGUAAUAUUUCUGGUAGAAAACAUCGCGAACAAAAAUUAAAAACAAUGAAAACGGUAACGCCGCGGCGCGCCGUAUACAUUUGCCGUUUUACUUAUAAUUUUCUUCCGGGUUUUUCUUAAUUAUUUUGGAAAUUCAUCAGAAAAUCCAAAAAUACCUUAGCAAAAUCCACCAAAUUUAAAUCUGAAUAAACUAUUAGCAUGUUUAUGGAAUUGCAGUAUGUGCCUGUGCUGUCGCAAAAAUUUGAAACCCCCUCUCCCCCAGAAACGAAAGGGGUUAUAACAAAUUCGAGCGAAUUCCCAGCAACAUUUUCAUACUAAUUGUAUUAUAGUCCUGACAUAACGUGCCGGCGCCAAUUUGACGGACAUUAAGAAAAUGAUCAUGCAUAUAUUAUACGUUUCCGUACAGUCUAGGAUUUACCUCGUAUACCAAGUGUCUGUCUAUGCAUUUAUUAUGUGUCGGACUUGGGUUUCAAUAGAUUUAAACGAAUAACAUACUGGUUAUAGAGAAACUCAAUAUGAAAAAAAAAAAGUGACUCGCGUUACUUGACUUCUGUGGUACAGUCGUAUAGGUACUAGAGGAAACCUUCCACGGCCGAGGCGGGAUCUAUAAAUUUAAAUCCGGGCAGAGCUUAAAUAUUUUAUGACUGGCCGGGCUUUUUUUUACAAUAAUAUGCUGGAAAUAUCUUACAUUUUAAUCGUUAACCUUAUACUACCAGUCCUACGAGAAUACGACCGGCAUGGUACAGCUAUUCGAAAACGAUGAAAACAAAUCCUGGCCGGGCCGGGAUUUUAUAGGUCUGUAAAAAAUCCGGCACAGGUUUUUAUACGCUAACAAAAUAUCCGGGCAAGACUACGAAAACAACCUCUAUACCGGUCCGUGUCGAACUUUUCCACGUCAAUAAAAUACCGGGUCGGACUUUCAUACGGGCACAAAAACACCGGGCUUGGCCGGAUUAUUUUGCAACUUAGCCGGGUCCGGAAUUGUCUAUUUGUGUAGGCCUUUAAUAUUUACCUAGGUAAAGUAAUGUAGAAGCGGUGUGCGCAAAUUUCGCGCGCAAAAAAAAAAAAAAAAAAAAACAAGUUGUCAUCUAGUAUAUCAUAUGUGUGUAUAUUAUCUAAAAUACGAGGUUUUUACGAGAUAAUACAUUUUUUUACUUUUGCUGCCACGGAUUUAUUGUAAAUAGAGAUUAAUGCGAGUGUUUUUAAAAAUGUAACCCCCCAUGAGAUACCUACUUAAAAACUCGCCGUUUUUACCCUGUAAUUUCCACGUAAUGUUUUGUUUUUAAUCCACGAAAGCACGGCUAUAAAUUUAAAAAAAAAAAUGUAAUUAGCUAGUAAAAAAAAAUCUGCCAUGUAGAAAACGGCGGAAAGUAUACCUGCAUUAAAAAUGAACAUCAAAAAAAAAAAAAAAAAAUAUAUCACUCCGUUGUAUUAAAAUGAAUACCCAUCAUAUAUACGUAAUAUAUAAAGCGUAAUUAUGUUAUCGUUGAUCUGUCGAUUUUAAUAGAAUCUAAAUUCUGCUCUUUAGAUGUAGGAUAAGAGAUAGCUCAGGCGUAGCGUCGAUAGUUGACUAAAUGAGAGAAAUUAGACUGUGGUGGUUCGGGCAUGUCACGGGGAGAUAGGAAUAUAACGCAUUAAUAAUUGUAAUGAAAAUAAAUGUAGGGGGAAACAGGUGGAGAGGAAAACUGGGGGUUGGAUGCAAUUGAGAAUGACAGCUGGACAGCUGGUGUAUGCGAAGUGGAAGAUCGGUUCAGGCGGAAGUUUAGAACGAGGGUGGCCGACCCCAAAUAUUUGGAAUAAAGAUGAAGGAGAAGAAGAAGACGUGUGUUUUUUUGACCAAUAAACAAAAUCUAACCGGGUUAGUGUAUUUUAUAAACAAUUAAUUUUUGGCGAUUUUGGUUAGUAUAUUUUAUAAUACACUUAAUUAUAUUUUGGUUAAUUCGGUUAUUGAAGUAUAAUAACCGAGUAAAAUGUAUGGAUAUCAUGGUUAUAUUUAUUAAUAUAGUAUGUUAUACUUAUACCAUAGCCAGUACUUUAAAAAAGAUAAACAAUUUUUUUAUGAUUCGACACCACAGUUUUUUAUAUUUAUCAUAUUUAUUAUUUCGUAAUAAUGUCAAAUCGAGCGAGGAUGUAUUUAUUUAAAUUGCAUGAUCUGUCAGAAAAUGUAUUCUGGCCGCAACAUUUCAUGUGAUAAUGCAUCAAUACUUCCUUAUUCAUUUAACUCUACGUUGAAAAUUAUUAUGACGGACCAUUAAAUUAUACCGCAUUCCUAAAAUGUCCGAUAUCCAAUUGUUUUAACUGUUGCAGCACAUUAGAGAUAAUUUACUGUGGAUCAUUAAUGUAUAACGGCGAGUACAAUUAUUGUUUAAUCUCUACGUUUUAAACACAUAGGCAGGUGCAGUAUAAAGUAUAAUAGUAAGUUAUCAUAAUUAAAUGCUUUAAAUGCCUACAACCAAUUAAUAUUAUUUUUAAUAACCAUUAACACGUUUUUUUCGCGAAUUUAUAACCGUUAAUCGAAACCGUAUGCCCGUGGCUGAUAACGAGCACAACCUGCAGGUUAAUCGCUAGAACGCGCCUUACUCGCUAUAAGUAAAGAUAUUAUUAAAAUAGUUAAUAAUCGUUGGUCGGCUGUACCGCUUCCCUAUAUUCGUUAAAUUUGUUUUGAUUGUCGAUCUUAUAGUCCUCUUAUUGUUAUUAUUAUUAUUAUUAUUAUUGUUAUUGAUGGAAGAGGAGAAUCGGUAAAAAUCUCGCCAAGGUUGCAGUCGUCGUCAGCAGUGUAUACAAUGUCCAGAACGAUGAUAUCGUUAUUAUUGACUGUAAUACUUUUCGUUUGUUGGUGUAUCGGAACGAGAGAGAGAGAGAGAAAAAAAAAAAAAUGUUAUAAAUAAAAUAAGCCGAAGUUAAAUUCCUGGGUCAUAGCGCGGUUCGUUAGACAUCACGUCGGGGGUGUUCACGCGCAAAUUAUUAAGGCAAUACCGUGUAGCGUAAUCGGGUUGUUUUUUCUUUUUUAGAUUCUGAGCGAAGAUUCAUCGAAGAACGAAUCGGUCUUUUUUCUGUCUGUUAAUAACUUUUCCACCAGAAAUCGCGUUCCAAUCGAAAAACGACGAGACAGUUUAUUUUCAUACUCUAUUGGUUUUACUAUAGUAUUAUGUGCGUGUGUGUAGUUCUUUUUUCCGUCCGUAAACAACUUUUUGAAAAGAAAUCUCGCCCCCAAGUACAGAAUAUAUUAUAUAGUACCUUUACUGAAAGGACAUUUUUUUCUCGUCGGCGCAAUGGGGAAAUCGUUUUUUGAUUUUCCAAUGGGUUUUCAAAAUAAUUGGGAUAACCCCGAAAGAAAAUUAUCGGUGAUACGGUAAAUAUUUACGAUGCACCGCGGUUGUUACCGUUUUCAUUGUUUUUAAUUUUUGUUCACGGUGUUUCCUGUCAGAAACAUUGCUUCAAACGAAAAAUGUCAAGAGAUCGAUUUUGUUUCUUUUAAUAUACAACCACUGACAGAAAAAAUCGUUUGUUGAUAUUCAAAGUAUUUUUUUAUAACAAUUGGGGAAACCCAGAAAAAUCGAAAAAUACGAGUUUUUCAAAUUACGGCGCAACGAUUUCAUAAUUUCAAAUGUUUAUAUUAUGUAUAUAUAUAUUAUAUGUAUAUAUAUAUUUAUUAUAUGUUUCUCAGUUUCAUCAUUGCGUGACUAUGACUGUUUGAAAAUCUUAACAUUUAAAACCCGAAUAAUUGAACGACAAACGGGUUUUAUUGAACAGAGCUUGUUUUUGCCAAAUCUAUACUUACACGCACUUUUGCAGUUCUGCUCUUGGCGUCGAAUCGUAAAAAUUACGAAUUUCCGAACCUUCGGGUUCUAUAGCUAAUAACUGUACAAUAUAUUCGUGUUCGUUAAUUUAAAGAAAAUUUUUAUUCGACCUUCGUUUAUGAGUUUAUGACCAUGGUUUCGCAACACCGCUAUUAAAAUAAUAUAUUUUCGUAAUAUUAAUUACAAUUUAUUUAUUUUCAAUACGAUCAAUAACUGCGCAGUACGAUAAUUUAUGACUAUGAUCAAAACUACAGUCGUAUGCAGGAACUGUAGGAAUGUAUAUGAUUUUGGCCAUAUCAGCUCUUUUUUUAGAUUCUUAUCGUAGGAAGGAUAGUAUUGGUUUUACUGUAGUAAAUGUGUGUGUGUGUGUUUUUUUUUUGUUUUUUUUUUUUUUUUAAAUUAAUGUUUAUAAACAACUUUUAAACCAAAAAUAUUGUUUCAAUCAAAAAAUUCCACGAGUCUUAUUUCUUUUUUUAUUAAAUUUCAGAUCUGAUUAGAGAGUAUGAAAGUAAAUUUUUGAUUUCCCGUGUAAUUUUGUAAAUAAUUGAGGAAAAUCGAGAAAAACGUAGAUUGUUAACACACUUAUAUCGCUGUGUUUCAUAGGACAUACACAAUAUGUAUGUAUAUUAAUUAUUAUACGAGUAUUUGGAUUUUUAUUUUCUCUCGAAACUGACCAAGUCUCUUGAUCUAACCUACAGACCGGGGUAAAAAAAAAAAAAGUAAAAAUGGGGGCUUUUUUAUUACCCCCAUCAUUUAUAUACCCCCUUACGUCCCCAUCGAGAACCAUGGAUAGAUUAUAGAUUUAUUUUCUGAGUUUCAAGUGAUUUUCGUGCGACACGAAAUCCCGUAAACAUCCUCUAGAACAGUGUUUCUCGACUUUUUUACCGUCACGAAUAUCAUCUGUGCAACGCGGGCGCUAUAUUUUUUCGAUGUUUAAAUUUUUAAGCGCGAUGCGAGUAUGCGCAAUAUCACGAUUUAAAAACGAUUAUAUCUCUGGCAAUAAAAAAAAAAAACAAAAAAAAACCGACGACGCGAUACAAAGAAUAUUGAUGUCUUUGGGGUUUGAUAACAAGUCUGUUCACUCUAAUGUUAGGUAAAACUAACUGCAGCACGACGUUGCCCCUGCUGAACGCAAAUUUGCUAUGUCGUAUGUUUGUAAUACAGCAGCACAUGCGGGUAUUCACGUCCUCUUAUUCGACAAUAUCAAAGGCGAACCGUAAUAAUUAUUAUUAAUUGUUUCCGUAUUUCCGUCCUAAUUAACUCGGUACUCACCAAUCGGGCGGGGAAAAGGGAUUUCUUAUAUUGUGAAAACUCAUUUCCCACGGUCACGCGUGGUGCACGUAAAAUUUUGUUUUAUGUGCAGGGAGAUCGUUUCGUCAGAACAGAACAGUCUUGACAGUUCCAAACGCAUGCCUAUAGUAAACUCAGAGCUCUGAUGCUGUACAAUUUCGGUGUACUCGUUUUAUUUUGACGUUUUCCAUUUUUGUCGCGAUAUUUAACUCUCGAAUUUCGUAUCUCUAUAUUAUAACGUGUACGAGUUGUACAGUAUAAUAUCACGAGAAAACAAAUCGAUUAUUUAAAACUAAAAAAAAAAAAAACGAAAAAUUCGUUCGACCGAUUUGUACGGGGCGAUUCUUGUUAACGGCGAAUCAGUUAACAUCCAUCUAUUAUGGUACGGCGAUUUCGAGUAGGCAAUUAUUUUGAUUUUGAUUUUUUCAUGGCCGUGUAGAUAACAGAUUGUUAUUGAUUAAUGAUCUCAUUUCCACGGCAAUCUAGAGUUUCCAAUUUUGGACAAUAAUGGACCGAUAAUUGACUAAUUAUCUAUUAAUUGUCUCUUUUUAAAAUAUCUAAGUUUGAAAAUCAUUGAAAUUGAUAAUAUAUAACGUGUUUAUGCGGUGUACAGAAUCGAUAAUACAUUUUGAAAAUAUUCUUUACAUUGUUAAAAUUUGUUAAAGUACGCCUAUACAGUAAAGGUGUACACGCAUACAAAUAGGAAAACACCAAAACUAAAAUCAUCGUAAUAAUAUUGAUCACCGCGCGGCAUAACAAUAAAACAAACGCCCUGUAUGAUGCAUGAAACGGUCUUAAAACGUAUUAAACAACAUUAUCUCGGUGUGAUUUAUAAUACGUUUUGUUGCCACACCGUUUUUGGUAAAUGGUAUACGAACAAACACGUGUCGGCGGGACUGGUUCUGGCCAACAAUUUUUCGUGAAUAUUAUUGUGUCAACGAUGACGAUAUCCUAAUGACCGUUUUCGUCAGUUUCCCUCGAAAAAUACAUAAGCUAAUGAAAAAAAAAAAAAUAAUAAUAAUAUGGAGGAUUUAGUUUUAUUUGUGGGAAAAAAAAAAAACAUUUAAAUGCUCUAACAAAUAUCUACCGAAAACAACCGCAAUAAGAAAAAGCUUUUGGACUACAGAUUUAAUUGUUUCGGCGAUUUUUAAAAUUAAUAAAAUUCUACGGUUUCGUGCCUAUGAUGGAACAAAAAAAAAACGAAAUUCUCAUAAAAAUAAACAAAGUAUACAACAAAAACCUAAUCGACUAAAACUAAUUCUAACAGAACUGAUACUGAGGACGGGUGGUCCGUUAUUUCUGUAGAUAUAACAUUACGCUCUACUUUUUUUUUUCUUUUAUAAGUUAUAAUGAGGCUCGAAUUAAACUAUUAAGUAUUUGUGUACCUGGCCAUUUAUGUAACCUAACAAAAUCAAACCAAACCAUAAUAAUAGAAAUUUGUCAACUCUUGUCAACUCUAAUGUCAACUCUUUACAAUACAUUGUUCCUAUAGAAAAAAAAAACCAGAGAUUUUUUUUGUUGAAUUUUUAAUUUAGUUCAAAACAUGUUUUCAAAGGCUGUAAUAUUUACAAUUUUCAUCAAUAUUUGAUUUUAAAAUUAUUAUAAAAUAAAAAAAAAUACUGCAUGAUACUCCUAAGUACGAUUAUAAUAACUUAUAGUGAACCUGUCAAAUUGUCAAGCAUUACUGUUUAGUCCAAUAAUUGUAUUCACAAGGUACCUACUAAAUACAAAUUACGUAAAAAACUGAUGUGAAUUUGGAAAAAAUCAAAACGCGUUGUGUGGACCAAAACGAUUAACAUUAUGCAACAUAAUUAUUUCAUAACUAAGCAUGUUAAGAUAUUAUGAGUUUAAAUUUUAUUUUUUUCAAUAAAGUUCUAUACUCAGAUUAUUUGAAUCCAUUUGAGCCAGAAGCGUUGAAAUUGAGAUUCAAUAUUUAUAAUGACGUUUAAUAAAGCUGUCCUAGAAUAAUGGCGAUGGGUGCAGAUUUCUAUACACAAAAAUUCAGUUCUCCCUAGAACCCCAGAACACCCAGAACUCCCCUCGGACCUUGUACCUAUCGUUCGCUAUUAAUGCCGUCGUGUUUGUAUUUUCGCAGGAUAAAUCUUACGGGUGGCGUCGUUUCCGUCGCCAGUUGAACGUGCGCGAAGUCACCGACAGCACGGACGGCGGAGGCGGUUCGUCUGACAGAAAUCCCGCCAACGGAGGUGACGGACGUGCGUCCAUCACCGACUACGCGGUCGGCAGCGGUGGCGAAGCGGACGAAGUCGCUCUUAUCUAUUUUAUUACGCCCACCUAUCCGCGCCGGGAACAGGUGGCCGAGCUCACUCGGUUGGGACAGACACUGAUGCACGUGCCCCGACUCCAUUGGAUAGUGGCCGACGACCGACCGGACUGCAGUCAACAGACGAUGAACUUGCUGCCCGAUUUCGGUGAUUAUGUGUAUAGCGUUAUAGGUUUGGUCGCCUUUGUCCUAAGUACGCGAAACCGUCAAUGUGCAGGGUCAGGAAUCAAAAUAUGGGACUAUGGGUACUAUGCGAGUAGCUCAAUAUUUAAGAACGUUUAACAAUUUGUGGUAAAUUUUACUAAUGCAAACUCGAAUUGUAAUUUUUCGAUGAAAAUACUGUUCGAGAUAUUAUGACGUUUUCGGAUCAUUUUUUUUUUCUCUAAAAUUAGAUUUUUGUUAGGUCGUCAUCCCACUCGAUAUCUCGUUUAUUAUUGACUGUACCAAAUUUUAGAGUAUCUUGUAAUGUAUCACGUUACUGAAAUCAAUGUAUCUAGUACCGAGAAUGUAGAUACUUCAAACGACUGAGAUGCUCUGUAAGGGGACAUCCAAACAGGGUAAACUGAGUAUUUCCUCAUGGCUUUUUAAAACGUACAUUACAAAUUUAAUGUGAUUAGGCGUAUAAGGAUUAUAAGGAGAAUUUUCGGAUAUUUCGAAAAGUUUUUAAGUAAAUAGUUCACAUCUUUAGAUACUGAUAUAUUAUAAAGUGCGUAAAAUUGAAUUGUUAUUUCGAUUUUAAUACAUCGAGGAUCUUGUAUUGUGUUGUACCCAUUGCAAUUUAUUGUUGUUACAUAACCAUAUCGAGUAUCUUGUUUCUAGAUACCAAAAAUAAAACGUGUGUCUCGCAACCCCCCCAUCCCAAUCCCAAUAUAUCUAAAACCGAUAGUAUCUAUAGAUGCCUGCUGAUUUCAAAGUACCUUACCCGUCCCCGCAACUAUUAUAAUAAUAAAUCGUUUUUUCAGGUAUUCCUUACACGUAUAUCGCUAGCCCCAUGCCGGCAAUCUACAAACGCGCGACUGACGCCAUACCCCGCGGCGUUUCCAAUCGUAGGGCCGCCAUCAACUGGAUAAGACUGAACCAUAACAUUGACGACACGAAAGCCGUCAUAUAUUUCGGGGAUGACGACAACACGUUCCACUUGGACCUGUUUAAAGAGAUACGCACCACUAAGAAAAUAUCUAUGUUUCCCGUUGGUCUAGUCGGCGAAUACGCCAUUAGUUCGCCGAUCGUCGAAAAAGUUAUUAAAACAACAUAUUAUUAUCUACACUCCAUAUUUUCUUUCUUUUCUUCAUCUUUCGGUAUCUUCCUACAUUAUCCAUCGCCGUUCCUUAAUUCAACCCGGGCCACUGCCCUUAACUCUUCUCAAGUCUCUUUUUUUAUGUAUUAAUAAUAUUAUAAUAAUAUAUACAUACUGAACCGGUGUAUUUCGUAAAACAGGGCAAAGUCGUCGGAUUUUUUGAUAGCUGGCCAGCCAAAAGGAAAUUCCCGGUAGACAUGGCCGGGUUUGCCAUUAACGUUCAACUUUUGUUCAAAUACCCGUAUGCCACGAUGCCGUAUAAAGCCGGUUUCGAAGAGGACCGAUUUCUAUCGGCCCUUUCCAUACAACUGGAGGACAUCGAACCCAAAGCGGAAAAUUGCACCCGGGUAAAUAUAAAAUAUUACCGGUAUUUAUCGCAAAAAAAAAAAAUCACUCUAUAUAUAUGUAUAUAUAUAUUCGUAUUAUGAAAGUUAAAGAGACGGGUGUUCAGUGUGAUAUUUUGAUGUACAAGCCACUCUGUUUCUAUCGGCUUAUUGUUGAUUUUUUUUUUACACAUUUUCAUCAAGCGUUCAUUUACUUCAAACCAUUGAAGAUAAUGUAAAUUGAAAGGAAAAGAGCGGUUCAAAUAAAUGAUGAACAUAUUUAUUAGUUAUUUAAGUUAUUGUAUUACUAAACACCAAAGCAGUACAAAACAAUUUUUCGUUUUUGAAUACAUCGAAUAAUUAAAAUUACUUUAUCAAAAAUAAUGUUAGUCGAUUGUAAUAUUUUCAUUCUACCGAGAUUAAAAUUAAAAUUGGCACUUAAAUAUCUUUUAUUUUCACAAAUAUUUUGACAAAAAUAAUUUAAAUUUAAAAACCUCAUUGUUGAUAAAGUUGUUUGCAAUUUAUAGGUUAUUUUGAUUUCGAUAAUUAUAGUUUAAGAUAUAUAUAUAUAUAGUUAUAAAUACAUAUCACAAAAAAAAAAAAAAAUGAUUUUAUCUCGCUCUUACAGAUUCUGGUAUGGCACACACAAACAGCCAAGAAACCAAAGCCCACUGUCAUGGUCAGAUCCAAAGCAGCCUUGCCUGGUUCAUUAGCCACACUACUUGAUCAAGUGACGUUAUUGGGCGUCGGUGGUGUAAGCGAAACAACAGGUACAUAUCGAAUCAAAUAGAUAUUUACCAUUAUUUUGUAAAAGAAACAAAUUGAAUUAACUUUUCGUUUUAAUUUUUUGUUUCUAGGUGUUCGCAGUUAUAUAACUAAAAAUGGCAAUAUUUUUAGGGUAUAA